AUGAAAACUACUUCGCUGUCUCAAUCUGGCCUCAAACCUCCAACCAAGCCUCAAUUAGCCCUAGCAUUGGCUGUUGUCAAGGGAAAACCUCCAGGCCAAAGUGUGAAAGAAUACAUUUUGCAGAUUCGAAGGUUUAUCAAAAAAACCAAAGAUUUAGACCAAGGUGUUACAACGGACAAGUUCUUCGACAGCGUCUCCUUCUGGCAACAAGCGUAUGAACGGUGCGAGGCAGGGCAGAGCAAGCUACAAGAUCAAGUCCAUGAGCUUAACCAGCGUAUUGAGGGCCUUCUUGCCAAACUGCAUGCCAAAGUUAUUGGAAAUGAAAAUGAGAUAGUGCCGGCGAACAAACGAAAGGCACCUGCGGUUGCUAAGAAUGCGAAUGGUUCGAAUAUGGCUAGGAAACGCACAAAACUACCGAAAAACAUGCAGAAAAGCAUCCUAUUGAUGGAUGAUAAUGAUUCAGGAGAAGAAGAUGUCUUAUGUCUCAACAGACAGCUGUAUACCGUCCAGCAAGCCCUCCAAAGAAGGGCAAACAACAGCUUUGAGACUAAUUCCCUGGCCAUGGAUGCAGUUAUCCUCUGCAAAUCUGCAGAGCAGAGACUAAUCCAAACCAUCCAGAACGAGAUCAGUAUGACGGAGCAGAAACCUUCCCGAACCGAGCAGGCCAAUAUGCCGGAUACAGAUGCUGUUAUGAACGGCGCGACAGUUGCUUUCCAUCUCACGCACAAAGCAUUGCACAAAAUAGCCGGAGCGGAGAAUGGCAUGCAGCACCAAGGUCAGGUCAUCUACUACCUAGUAGGUCUGUUUGAAUCAACCACGACAGCACUCACUCUAUAUUGUACUGCAAUAUCCAAGCAAAACCCAGCUAUCAAAACCAAAUCGAGCAGGCACUCGAAGCCAAUUACCGGGACUGAUGAACAAAACAAACUUACGAAAGGGAAGAGCUCACCUGCCAAGAAUGAGAUAGCCUCUCACCUCGCAGAUCUGCUCUGCACGAUGGCACUCUCCCUCAAUCUAACUCGUCCUGAAGACCAAGAAGUAAUGGAAGGAUUUCUCUUCCUUGUCGUCGAUCGUAUGGGAAAAAUGCUAGCUCUCCACGUUUUCCAUGACCUGCGACUGCCAAUGGGCAUCUGUCCCGGGAUGACAUUCCCAGAUGGAUUGGAAGCGAUGACCGACGAAGGUAUUAUGCCAAAGGAGGCACAACUGGAAGCCAGGUAUCUCGUUUGGCUGCUGGAUAGAAUGCUUAAUGCUGAAUCCUUUCAAUCAUCUCUCGAGGUAUCGACUCCUCGUCAGUUCGUCGCAAAUGCAAAAGACCGUCUGCAAAAGACUCUCCUCCGGGCUGUAUUUGGACCUGAUGAUCGUUUAUUUCGGGAGGGUCUGCAGCGUCCGCAUACUCCGCCUUUUCAGGUACUUGAUAGUCAACAGGUGGAUCAGCAGAAGUUUUCGGAUUGGCUUACACAGGAGCUGUGGAGGCUUGUCGGUUGGGAUGUGUUGAGAACUGUGCUUGCUCCAACCUAA